AUGCAGAAAAAGUUGCACAACCUGAAUCUGUCCACUCUAUCAACUGUGCUGUCUCACCCCACCCACAAGUCCCACUUCCACAAGUCCCACUCUAUGGAGGUGUUCUCUGAGCCUCUGGGCCUCGGCGGUCCAGACCAACACAAUGAAUACAACAGCCGCAAGAGCAGCUUCAGUGAUGACAAUGACGUCUGCUCCAGCUCCUCUGGUUCUCUGGGCCUGAGUCUGUAUGACUCUGUGGGGGAAGAGAACCUGAGACUGUCAGAGAAAGAUGCAGACUCGGACAGUCCUGACAGUGGUUUGUGUAUGGAGCUUCAAAGGCCUACCAAUUCAGAAACCAGCAGUCUGACCCAAUCAACUUAUUAUGUUUCAUGUCAGAGUGGUGGUUAUGAAGUGGACCUUUUUGUGGAUUCCCCAGACCAUGACCUUAUCUGUAUCAUAUGUAAAGGAGUUCUACGCUGCCCUGUGCGUGUGGCAUGUAACCAUGUCUUUUGCAAGAAGUGCAUUUUGCAGUGGAUGAGGAGACAGGAAACAUGUCCAUGCUGCAGGAAGCCUGUUAACCACCGGCUUAUGUUUGUUAUGUUCAAGCUCAGUAAAUCCAUUGGCCGUUUACCAAUCAAGUGCCGAAAUGAGCAGCAGGGCUGCACGGCCACCUUUCCUCUCUCAGAGCAGUACCUCCACAGCUCCACAUGCCCGUUUGAGUGGCUGCUGUGCCCGCAACAGGGCUGUGGGGCUAGGGUACUGAGGAAGGAAGCCCAGGCACAUGAACAGGUUUGCAGCCACUGGAGGCAGUUGUGCCCGAUGGGUUGUGGCACACUGCUGAACCGCACUACUCAGGCCGAGCACAACUGCUACAGAGAGCUGCAGGAGCGUUACGAGGCCCAGCGACAGACGCAGCAAAUCAUUGCCUCUGCACUGCGCAGGAAGAUGCAGCGUAUGCAAAGGCGCAUGGCCCACAUAACUCGGCAGAUCAGCCUGAUCUGUGAAAGCCUGGAGCUCAGUGAGAACCUGGAGGAUGAGGUGGAGGAGAGCCCUGGUGAGGGAACCAGCACAGGGAGAAAUUCCAGAGUCGGCCACAGCUCCAUCACACCCACCAGCUCUAGCAGCAGCUCCUAAGAAAUAUGCCCUUUAUAUUUUUUUAAUAAGAUGUUUGUUAAUGUGUAAUUUCUACCAGUAAACCCAUACUUAAAUAUACAUCAAUUGCUUGUCACAUCAGCUGUGUGUUUUUAACACUAAAUGAGUGAACUCUAACAGCUGGGCUAAGCAAUAUUAUUACACUAUGUGUUGAAGUAUGUUAAGACCAUAUAAACUAGCUAUAUU